AAUGUGCAGAGAACAAUGUCCGCGCUUAGUUGUGGCUGUGGAGUGGAAGAUUCCGACAGCAGGUUGGGUCGCGGGGAACUUGUGAGCAAUGCCUGCAUGUAUGAUGGGUGGAUGGGUGCCAACGUGGGACGAAUAUUCCGGCUGAAGUCGUGGCAUGGCAUGGCAUGGCAUGGCUUCGUGGUUGGCAUCCCUCGGACCAUGGAAGCCAACACCUCAAAAUUAGGACGAGAAUCCAGCGCUAGCUCAUCCGACAUUGAAGGGGCCCUGCGGCCUUCUCGCAGGCUGCCGUGCGCGCCAUUACGGCCGUCCCUCCUCCCAAGGCCCCCUGCAGGGAUCCCGUUGAAACGAAACAUCCCAAGACCGGGCUCAGCCAGUCAGAAUGCCGUCGCAAUAAACCGUCAGGGGUCAGCACAGGGGCCCUGCGUGGCCGGCUGGCCAAACAGAACCAAUCGCAUGGUGGUUGCCCAGGAGCCAGGCGGGCACGCAGCCUGGAGGCGCGAGGCGCAGGGAGGCGUAGAUGCCUGCAUGCAAUACAUGUGCAGACGCCCAUUUCAAAAUUUGCGGCUGCAAAAGAAGCGAUUGCUAGCGCCGAAGAGAAGGAGAGACGAACCAAAAAGAGAGAGAAAGACAGACGGCGCACUGAUAGCGGAGAUUGCUCCAGGGGGCGCGUGCUCCGCCCGCACGGACGAUGCGAUGGCCCACGGGAGCCUCAGGUCUGGGGAAACCUGAAAAUGUAGAAUGCAGGAAAGCGAGCGCCCUGCACGAUCGGGGAAGAAUGGUGAGGGCGGACCAGCCAAGGUAGAUCCCUGCGGAGCGCGUCGCCUGUUGACAUGGAAUUCACGCAAAAGAUUUGCACGAAACCGGCACGGCGGGCUUGAUCCCGCAGAUAUGACGCCUCUGCCAGAGUUCCCAGUCGCCAAUUUGUCUGCUUCCGCUGCUCGCAGUGGCCGGCAGUGUGCGGCUGCGACCCGAGAAGCAGAUUGAUUCCAAAGGCCUCGUUGAUCGGACCAACUCAUUAAUUCCCAGAGGUCGGCUACCACAUGAGAAGCAGUAUGAUUCCAAACGCCUCGUUAAUCCGACCAUAGAACUCAUUAAAUUCAAAGGUCGGCUACCACAUGGGAAGCAGAAUGAUUCCAAACCCCCUCGGGUGAAGGCACGCCGUUGAAUGGACAGGAGGGGAAAUAAUCGCGAACUGCCCCC